UCUCCCGUCCCUUUUUUUCUCUCUCUCGCACGCACUGCUUAUUGAUGCUCUAAAAACUUUAUCUAUAUACGCCUCUCUGAUGCGACGGGUGCUUCCAAUUUUCCGGCAAGCUUCAAACUUUUCGUCGCCGGCUCCGAUUUAGAUUAUUUUCCGGUUGUACAGUUAGGGUUGGGGUGUGUUUGAAGAAAAGAGCAGAUUUUGAAUCUGGGUUUUUGUUGGAUGGUGGAGAAUAUGGAUAUAAAAAAGGGUCUCUGAUUGUGAUAUUGGCUGCAACUUCAAGGUUUUUGAGGUGUCGUGACCUCAACUGUGUCUGCAUUUGUCAGUAAUUUUCUGCAAUAUCAAAGAACGUGACAAAAUUGUGACUGUAACGUAAAAGCUUGGUAGUGAAAGUGGGGGAAAUGAGCAUGAGAAUGGCAGAGGAAGAAUCUAGCGAGGAGGUUCAUGUUCCGGGUGAGAUUGAUUGGCAAAUGCUUGAUAAAUCCAAGUUCUUCUUCCUUGGUGCUGCUCUUUUCUCUGGGGUUUCUGCAACCCUUUACCCUGUUGUUGUGUUGAAGACUAGGCAGCAAGUGGCACAGUCCCAAGUGUCUUGCAUCAACACUGCAUUUUCGUUGAUCAAGGGUGAGGGUUUUAGAGCAUUGUACCGUGGGUUUGGGACUUCUUUGAUGGGUACAAUCCCUGCCAGGGCUCUUUACAUGGCUGCAUUAGAGGUUACCAAAAGCAAUGUGGGCACGGCCACUGUUAGGUUUGGUCUUGGUGAACCCACUGCUUCUGCAGUUGCCAAUGCAGCUGCGGGCUUGAGUGCAGCCAUGGCAGCUCAGCUUGUGUGGACCCCUGUUGAUGUUGUGAGCCAGAGGUUGAUGGUUCAAGGCUGUUGUGAUUCUAAAAAUCCAAAGGCUUCGGCAUUUCGGUACAUCAAUGGGAUUGAUGCCUUCAGGAAGAUAUUGAGCAAUGAUGGCCUUAGGGGCUUGUAUAGGGGUUUUGGGAUCUCAAUUUUGACCUAUGCCCCUUCAAACGCAGUUUGGUGGGCUUCAUAUUCUGUUGCACAAAGGAUGGUCUGGGGUGGAGUUGGGUACUACUUGAGCAAGGGCAAUGAUAAUGCAACUAACAGUGCUUUGAGGCCUGAUACAAAAACCAUGAUGGCAGUUCAGGGAGUCAGUGCAGCAGUGGCUGGUGGCAUGUCUGCUUUGAUCACCAUGCCACUGGACACCAUCAAGACAAGACUGCAGGUCUUGGAUGGCGACGAGAACGGCCGUCGUGGACCCACCAUUAUGCAGACAGUGAGGAGUCUGGUCAGGGAAGGUGGUUGGAUGGCUUGUUACCGAGGAUUGGGUCCUAGGUGGGCAUCUAUGUCAAUGUCUGCAACAACAAUGAUAACUACUUAUGAGUUCCUCAAACGGCUCUCAGCGAAGAACCAAGAGGUUUUAACAUAAUGAAGAAUAGGUUUAUGACAGCAAAGAAAAAGGAUAAACAGAGAGAAGACGAGGUUCAUCUUUGCCUGUUUUCUUUUCUUUUCUUCUUUCUACUUGUCAUUGUUGUUUCUUCCCUUUUAGUUUACCACAAUGACUGCUUCAUCAAUGUAAGUCGUUGCAGGUUAUUACAUAAAUAAAAAGUUACUUCUAACACA